AAAUGUUAGAAUUGUAACAUGACAGUUGUAGGCUUAUUCAUUUUAAAAGAUUGUAAAACAGGGUUACCCGUAGUUUAUCGGGCGUAUGGAUAAGGCUGAAGGUUUGUUCUGACGUACCUAGAACAGACUGUAAACCCAUUGGGACAAAAAACAGUAUUUGUAUUUUUUUAAUUAUUGAUAAAAAAUAAUGGAAGAAGGUUUAAUUCCGAUGAUGCUUGUUACAGCUAAUGUUGGAUCUAUAUUUGAAGAUCCCAACAAUUUGCUGAAACUGUGGGUUAAGGAAUUUCUGUUGACAGUGAAACGAUUUCAGCCAAAAUUUCUUGCUCUACAUUGUCAAGAAGUGGGUGGUAAAAAUUAUGAAGAAUCAAUGAGACAUGUAGAAGAUUUCGUCAGAACCCUAAUGGCAAGUGAGGAGUUAAUGGCAUAUGAUCAAGUACGGGUAUUCUUAGAUGAAGAUUUUACUUGUACAGAGAAAUUCACGGCCCUAGGCAACUUGUAUUUUAUCCACAACUCUCUGAAGAAUGUUCAGAUCUGGGAUUUUCAUGAUCAUACAUUCAUUCCAUUUGUUGGGAAAGAGGUUCACUCGGGGAACAUUGAAAAAGUCCCAACCAAAGAAAAAGACAAGUUUCCUCAGGAUUUCUUUCCAGAGUGCAAAUGGUCUCGAAAAGGGUUCAUGAGGACACGCUGGUGUGUUAAUGGAACAGUGUUUGACCUAAUCAACAUUCAUCUCUUCCAUGAUGCAUCAAACUUCAUCUCUAUGGAAACAUUUCCAUCAUCUUAUAGCCAAAACCGACAGAGAGCUCUAGAACAAACGUUAAAACGGUUCCACAGUGAUGAUUAUGAUAAAGUACCUUUCAUUAUGUUUGGUGAUUUUAACUUCCGUCUAGAUACAAAAGCCGUAAUACAGAGAUUAACUGAAAGAGUGACACCUAUUCACAUAAAGAAUAGUAAGAAUGGAGAAGUUGUGAAGAUGUUAUACAGGGACCCAGUAAAUGAAAACCGAGUUGUGCUUACUUUGGAAAAGAAAGUGUUUGAUUUGGAAAAUCAUGAAGAAACAUUUUUCAAAAACAAUGGCAAGUGGCUGAGAGAAUUUGACAAAGAGAUGGAAGCAUUUCAAGAUAGACUGUUUGAGUUUGAUAUUAAUUUUCCACCAAGUUAUCCAUUCAGGGAGGACAUGCAGGGAGCAACAAGUUACAUGAGAACAAGAUGUCCUUCGUGGUGUGAUAGGGUCCUUCUAAACCGAUCAGCACAGGCAUUAAUUCACAAUCCUGUAGGAGAUGAUAAACGAAGUCCAGUGACAUACCAGUUAAUAGGGACCAAUGUCUCAAUGGGAGAUCAUAAGCCAGUGCUGUUGUGGUUUCAACUGCAGCCUUCCCCAGAAAAUGAGAGGUCAAAUGACCAUCUGCCUUCACAAGUUCCGUUGUUGGACACGUCAAGGUUUGGUCUUCCAAGAGUUGGACUGACCAUGUCGCCAGGUCCAGACUCUGGAACUGUGACUCGCUACAUUCACGUCAAGUAUCCUGGGUCUCCUGUGCAGAUCUUUCGAGAAACUACAGUGUGAAUAUUGUCAGCUGCUUAUACUUAUGAAGAUCAGUAAGGUUAUGUAAAGCAUAUGCCAGAGUCCAAAACUACCAUUGUCAAAUGGUCUGUUUUCAUUAUAUAUUUCAUUGGAGGAAUUUCCAUUUUUGGUUGCUUUCUUUUAACUUAAUCUUUAUUUUGGAACAUUUUUAAAAUAUACUGAAGAUUACUUGUACUAGCUUUCAUGGGGCUUUUAAGCAUGAAACAUGUUUUGGAUAGUAUUUUCAAAAAUCUCUUUUGAAUGAAAAGGGCUAUGUGUUCUCUUUGUGCCAAAUAAAAAUUACAAAUACAUGUUAUAAGUAGAAAGACCAGAAUUGGAAUAGUUGGUUGUCAUCAUAUUUACUUCAUUGAUUAUUAUCAAAUACAAGUCUUUAUUACUUUGGUAAUUCUAUUUGUGACAUUUAAAUUAUGUUUAUAAGACGUCUUGUAAUAGUUUUUAGGACUUGAUCUUGUUGUCGAAGAAUUUAACCACUUGACGAAGGUGCCAAGUAAGGUAUGUGUAUAUGUUUUAUAAUUUUUCUUUUGUCUUAAAAAAAUUUUUCAAUGGAUUAUGACUGUCUGAAGCAGACAAAUAUGGUUUAUUAGGUUUUGUUCCUGAAAUAUUUAGUUAUUUGUCUAAAAAAAACUAUAUCAUAUAAUAUCACCUUAUUAAAACAGGUUAUUUCUGAAAAUUGUAAAUAUUUUGUCAUUUUAGAAUCAAAUUCUAUUAACUUGAAAUAGUAGUAUAAAUUGUACGUGAAAAAAUAGCUAAGUGUUAACAAUGUUAACUAAAAUAUAUUUGAUCAGCUAUUAAACUCAGACCUACGAGUUUCUGAGUUACUGCUUUAACAUAAAUACACCCAAUAAUAUGUCGUUUGAGGAAUAAUUAUUUUAUGCAUAAAUGCACUGUUUUAAUUAUAAACUAUUAAGUUUAGUUGUAAGAUAGCAGUGUAUAUGAAAUUAUAAAAUUUGUAUUUUUUUUUCAGACAUCUACAUCGUAUUUUAAUAGAAGGUUUCAUGUUGCAACACUGAGUAUCUUUGUAUAAUUGGACAAUCAUGGCCCAGUGGAUGGUGUGGAUUCUAAAUUGGCACUCCAUUAAUGUCAAAAACUUAAAAUAAAGAACAUGCUCUGCAUUUUAGGGCCAUGACAGUCAAAUCUCACUCUUCAAUUAGAGUAGCCCAAGAGUUGGCAGUGGAUGGUGUUGACUAGCUGCCUUCCCUCUAGUCUGUCACUUCAAUAUUAGAGACGGCACAGAUGGCCCUCGAGUAGCUUUGUGCAAAGUUCAAAGAACGAGAACAACUUUGUAUAAUUAAAAUAUCAGAAAGUAAAGAAAAGGGGAAAGCAAUGCAUAAAUUACAUUUUUGUUAGAUAACAUCAUCCAGUGUAUUCCCAGUGACAGUAAAUGAUUUAUUCCACUGUGGAACAAACAGUACAUACUUUAUAUCUGUAGAUAUAUCUGGUCAAUGGACCAACAGCUUGAGGUGAAAUAAAAGUAGAAUUGUGAUUUAGAUGUCUGAAAAUUUUAGAAUUUUAUGCUUGUAACUCUCAGUGUGAAUUUAAAACAAUACUUAAAUGGAAAUAUUAAUGUUAUUCUUACUCUUUCCCAGCAUAAUGUUUAGUUGUGAGCUUGAUAGAGCAGUGUCCCUAUCCUUAGAAUUUUCUUUAAAGUGUUGUAUUUAUCCAAUAUAUGCAACCAUGAAUGAAGAGAAGUAUGUAUAAUAAUAAUUUAUUGGUAAUGUACAGUAUGCGAAUUUGUACCAGCGAUGUCACUCUUUCAUUGCUAGAUUUGUUGUAAAAACUAAUUCAUAGAUUGUAUAUUUAUUUAAUGUUUAUUUUCACCCACUAAUACUACAAGUUUCAGAAGCUAUAAAUAAUGUCAAUUGACUUUAGAAUCAUGGUUGGUUUAAUAUAUAUCUAUAACCUUUAUGUGCCAUAAAAAUUGGACUAGAAGGUCCCAUCUUUUUAUUAAUGUAUUAUUAUACACUUAGUACUUAUUUGUAAAUUGUGCUAGAGUCUUAGUAAUGUUUUAACCCUUUAAACCUGUAAUUACACUUAGGUUCACACUGCAAUUUUUUUUAGCCUUGAGUUAUUGGAAUAUUUGUAUGAUGUAUGAUGAAGAUUAUGAGAAUUUCAAGCUAAUGAAUAUUAUCCUCCUUUUGGGGAACAGAGGUAAUUCCAAACUUCAGGAGAAGUUUUAAAUCAUGGCAUAAAUAAUUGGGCCCAUUGUGUAUUAUCACGAUCUGUUUCAGUUCAAAUUCGACAAGGUUGUAAACUUUAAAAAAAAAGUAUUAUUCUAAAACCAAUCUGUCCAAAAAAUAUUACCAUGACCAUUGUGUAUUUUGCUAAUUAAAAUUAACUAAUUCACUGCAUUAACCCUUUCAAUAAUCUUUUUUUUUAUCUUUCUUAUGGUGUUAGAUGCCAUAUCUGCUUUUAUUUGUUCAAAAUCUGUUUUUGUCCUUUGAAAUGCCUUUAUUAUCAUAAAUAAACCUUAAUCUUUUGAACUCUUUCUUAAUUAUGAUAACUUUAUUCAUCUCUCUAGAAAAGUGUUAACCUAGCUCUUUAAGACCUUGAAAAUGCUUUGAUAUGCUAGUGAAUAUUGUCAGGAUUGAUCCUGGUGGAUUACAAUCCUACACCCACUAUUUCUGAUUAGCUAAUGUGUAAUUCACACAAUCCAAACUACCUGAUUUGUUUUAUAGUUAAUAGAUAAAUGUAAAGACUUUAAAUAGGUAAAUGUCUGUGUUUCCUCUUGUUUUAAAUUCACCAUAUUCGAAGUUAUUUUAACUCCAUCUGGUCUAGAUAAAAACAAUGUUUUUUACUGUAACUUAAUAUAGGGUUUUAAUCUUUAUUGAUUUUUUACAAUAGCGAUCAUUAAUUUGGGUGUAAAUAGUUUAACAUCGUAAUUAACAUGUAAAUAAACACAUCCAUAUAUAUAUAAGUAUACUUGUUACCCCCAAAACCAAAGAUUCAGUGUACUUGUAUGCUCUCAUCUCAUGUAUUGUUUUAAAAUGUGAUUUUUUGAGUGUUUUUUUUUAAUCGGUUAUUUUAGGUGACUUUGAAAGAAUGUCAUGGGAAGUUUAUUUUUUGUGAACUAAAGUUUCAAGAUUGAUAUGUUUCAACUUGCAUAUAUAUAUAUAUAUGUGUGUGGAAAUUUUUAAGAUUUCUUAUUUUUAGGAGUAUUUUCGAAAGGAUCAUAAUGUUUUAGCAACAAAGCUAUGAAAGGAGAAAGGACAGGGGAACAUUUUUUUUUUGUCUUGAGUUUACCAUUUAAUUGUUAUUAUAUUUAACUGCAGCAAAGGACGUUUUGUGACUUAAGAAUAAAAAUAUGAAGCUUAUCUCUUUAUAUCAACUUCAGGCUUUUCCACAAAUACAGCUACUUGGAUGUGAGUUAAUUUUCAUAGUAUUUUACCUUAAGAAAUAAAUAUCAUUUCUCCAAGAAUUGUAAGAUAAAUAGUGUCAAAGAAAAACUUGAAAUAAUUGCUAUCAUUAUUUUCACUCUACGCUUUAUUGUUGCAAUACCUGUUGUUACUACCAUAUUUGGUGCAUGCUUUGCAGCUGUAGUAAAUUAGUAACUUGUUGAUUACUGUAAUUACUAGCUCUGAAGGAGAACUCAAAAUAGAUAUAUGUAUUUACUAAAAUCUACAACUUACAUUAACUUCUUAUACAUCUUGAAUUUGUUCAGAAUUUUAAGAAUAAUUCCAUUAUUGUGUUCAUAUUAUGAGGUUGAGCUUCACUGAAAAACUCUGAAGAUUUAAAGGUGGAAGGAAUGAAAUGUCAAUGUGUUUAAUAGCCUAGUGCAUUAUUACUUUCUUAAACUUGUCUCUUCUAGCCGAGAUAAUUAUUUCAGUGUCAUGUUUUUAUGUUGCUUACUAAGUAUACAUCUACUGUCAUUGUCACUAUUUCUAGUGAGUAUGUCUACAGACUUACAACGCUAGAAUCCGGAUUUCGAUACCCGUGCUGGGCAGAGCACAGAUAGCCCAUUGUGUAACUUUGUGCUUAAUUACAAACAAAUUUCUAGUGAGAGCCCAGCCUGACAGGUUUUUUUUUUCAGUUAUUAGAGUAUCAUCGAUCCCAUCAGUGAAAAACUGAACUUUGCCAUUUCAGUCUCUGACCAUUUAAUAACUUCUGACAUGCAUAAGUUACCAUUUUAAUAAAAGUAAUUUCAAACAAAAUGUACAUUAAUGAACACAGUUUAAAUGACUAAGGAGAUAUGCUAAAUGUAAGUUUGUUGCUGUGAUAUAGUUUGGAAGAAUUGAAAAUAAGAUAAAUGCUGAUAAUAUACCCUAUUGAUAAGAAAUCUCCAGUGUAAAAGAUUCAGAGUACAUCAGUAAGCUCUUCUCCAUCUGAAUUUGUCUAACCAUUAUUCUUGUAAUGGAAUAAUACACUUCGGCUAUGAGAGCUAAAUAGGCUAGAGUUCAUAGACGUUAAGAGGUCGGUUUUAAUAACGCUUGUGAUGAAGGUUAUUUGGAAAGAGGUGGAACUAAGUAGAAAACGUUUUCUUUACUCUGUAUUGUGUGAAAUGUAUUAUAUAUUCAUUAUUGAAAAACAUUCCUAACUUAACUUUCGUGCUUGUAAGACUAGAAAAUUGUGAUUGCCACCAGUUGAACUAUGGUCUAAAGAUGUUUUUCUCAUAAUUUCUGUUAAAAUAACAACUUGAAAGUGAAAUGGGUUUAUAGCUUUGAUUAAUGGAAACUGAUAGUCUGUUAAGUUUGCGAAGGUUGAGAGUGUAAACUCGAGACUACAAAGUGUUAAGUCUCUCCAGACUUGGAAUUAUCUUCUUAGAGGAGUUUCCCACCAACCACCCAUAUUUGAGGCUCUGAACUUACCUUUCCUUUCCUUGUUUUAUAUAAUAUAAAAUACCGGAAUUUAAUCUUUAUCUUAAAGAAACAAACAUGAGGUUAAUUAACCCUUAUUCUUCUCCUCUCCAGUUAAUGGACUUGUUCUUGUCAGUUUCUGCAGACAAGUAUACUGUGGCAUUGAUUGACUUAUGAUGUGUGUGUUGUAGUUAAGCUUCUAACUAAGAUAACUGACAAAUAAGAUAUAGUAGAUUUGGGUGGAAUAGUGGUACCACCUUGUGGCAUCUUUAGAAAUAACUAUUAGAAAGAAAGAUGUAUAAUAGAGCUUUGUUGCAGCUGGAAAUAUAUAUGUAUAUGUGUUUUUUUUUUGUUAUUAUUUAUUCUCCAUAUUGUCUCAAGGUACAAAAAUUUUAAACAAGUUGUUUCCAUGUUAGUGUUUGAUGCCUGUACAAAUAUUUGGUUUAUCUAGUCGAAGGAGAGAGAUUUCAACAAUGUUCUGAACUUUUACUGUUUUGUUAUUAAAAUGUAUAAUACCAUGCUGAAGAAAUGUAAUAAAGAUAUAAACCAUAGAAACGGA